AUGUAUAGGAAGACAGAAUUGGGGAGGGUGGCAGCUGAUAAGUUAUUUGAACUUGAUCCUAAAGACUCUGGCAACCACGUAGUUCUUUCUAAUAUGUUUGCAGCUGCUGGCAGGUGGGAAGAGGCCACUCUUGUGAGAAAGGAGAUGAAAGAUGUCGGGACAUAUAGAAGGGUCUUUCUUUAUUCAUUGAUCUUCUUGUUUUGUGCAGUUCUUCCACUACCCAGGAAGGCAACGUUUGUGGCUUUGGCUAAAGUGAAGCUUUAG